AUCUUUUAAGCUAAUCAUAGUUCUUUUUUUGAAGAAUAUUCAUUUCUUCUAAUUAUUACAAAGUUGGAUUCAUUUUUACACCGAUCACAAAAGUCAUUUUGCUCAGAUAUAAAUCCACAGGAGAAAUUGUAUACCACAUUAAAACGUUACUUUUGAGAAAUCAAGUAAAAGUACAAAUGAAUGAAGAUAAGAGGCGAUAUCAAGAUCCAUCAGGAUGUGGUCUCAUUUCUCCUCAUAAUUCCUUAGAGGUGUCACAGGAAUUAGAACAUCUUUCAGAACACUAUGCUACAUCCUCAAGGAAGGAAUUAUUUAAUAGUUUUUGGAGUUACUCAAGCAAAUUUAAAAUUAGUAAUAAUAAAAAUAAUAGUAAUAUAUUAUUUAGUUGUUUAAAAGUGCCUCUUACCGAUUCUAAAAUGGAAGACAUCAUUCAAAGUGAUCAUUGCAAAAAUCUCUGCUUCAUAAUGUCUAAUAAUGAGGGAGAGUAUAAAACCAGCGGUUUAUAUGCUUCACUAAAUGACCUUGAAAGUUGGAGCGCUAAAAUUGAAAAGGAAUCUAUUCGAUGGUAUAAUACUAAUAAAACAUUACAGCAUUUCAAUGAAUUGUUCCCCUGCAAUACCUUAUUAAAUAAACGUGAACUAACUGAUUCAUUGUGGUUUAAGUUGAAUAUAGAUUCUAACUUUUUACUAUAUGAUCUGAAUCGAUUAUUAGAUCAAAUAUUGUUGAAGUUAAGCGGUCACUUGUAUUUACGAAAAUAUAAUAUACAUAGACAGUUAAAUGAUCACAAUUUGUGUAAAUCGUUCACGGGAAUCCCUAAUAAUGUUGAUAUCAAUUUCAAAGAGUUUGAAAAUAUUGCCUUUCUUCGCCAUUUCAAUAAAUAUUACUUCAAUCGAUCACAAGAUGGAAUGGAAUUAUUCAAAAUAAUAAUGUAUAUUGAGAGUAAUUUACUUGAGUUUAAUGUACUCACUAACUCUAAGUGGUUCAAUACACGCAAGAGUCAAUCAGAAAACAGAUUAACUGUGGAUACAACAAGUGAGCAGGAUGAGGGGAACACCAAGCUAGACGAUGAAGAGUUAUCUUCGUUGGUGGAAUUACCUUUCAACUCAUUGCUAAAAUAUCCUUUCUAUUUAAUUCAUAUAAAUUGUAAAAAUAAGUUUGAAGAUUCUUCUGGAAUUGAUAAUUGCUCUAAGACACGUCUCAGUGCCUAUUCAGCUACACAUGUAGGCGAUUCACUAGAUCAGAAUACCAAUAGAAGGACUUCAAUUGUUGUUAUGAAUGAUUUUCAGGAAUUACAUAGCAUAUUAAUGGCUGAUCCUCACAGUAAUCAAAUCGAUUGUAAACAGAGGAAGACUUUGAACUGCCAUUCAGUGAAUAUUAUUAGAUGUUGUUGUUUUUCAUACUGUUCACAGAUCUAUUACACCUGGUUAAAAAGUUACUCAACCCCACAACACAUCACAAAAGAAAGCAUAUCCACUGAAAUAUGUUUAACGAAGUAUUUGCAUUGCUUGUCUUUUGGUAAAAGGGAUAGGGCUUCUGUAGACAGAAACCUUUUCAAAAGUGGUGAUAAUAAUAAUAAUAGUAAUAACAAUAAUAAUAAUAAUGAGGAUGAUAAAACUAAUCGAAGUAAAACCCUACCAGACAUUAUUUACCGAAAUGGUAUGCAAUCGAAAUUUGACAAAAUAUUCCAGCAUAACUAUAUGCAAAAAUCAUGUACUGGGCGAAUGUUGGCACAACCUAAACCAGACAUGCAUCAUUUAUGUCAAUGGAAUACUUGUAUGCAUACUCAAUAUGCAGUGAAAACCACCGAGGCUGUAAUGCAUAGCUUUAAGAAUCCAAUCCAAAUGAAAGAUCCACACCAAUUAUUAUUCUUUGAAGAUGAGGCGGUCAAAAGAACUACCAGUGAAUUUGCAAAGAAGAAAACGUAUGCUGAAGACAACAUGUUGAAUGUUGAUCAUCAGUUGAGGGAUCCACUUCAGCCUGACGAGAAAUUCUCCCCAAAGGAUCUAGGUGGUGAAGAAAAUAAGGCAAUGCAUAUUGGUACUGUCAGCAAAACUGACGAUGCAGUCAUAGAGGUAAAAUCAAAAGAGAAAAUUUCCACGAAAGAGGAUAAAAAGCGGAUGACAGCUGAUUCGAUUCUUCUUGACAAAACAAAACCAGACAAGGUGAGACUGGCUAGUGAAACUGAUGCCUUACAAAAGAAAGAUGGAAAAAAACUUCGAUCUAGGGAAUUUGAUCAAGCUGAACUUCAUGAAAGUCAUUACACAGAUACACAGCUUAGAGCAGCUAGUGGAUUCGGUGUACAAAUUAGAAUUGGUGAAGAAACAGGAGAAAGUGGUGGUCGACAGAAAGCGAAGCAUUCAAAAAGAGCGCCUAAAAAGGCUUAUGGAACAUCUAAAGAUGACGAUGAGGAUGGGGAUGACGAUGAUGACGAUGGUGAUGAUCAUGAUAAAAAACGCGCAACAAGAACUCGUAAAUCGGCUAACACUCAAAAACAACAUGAUGAAGGUUUAGGAUAUGUAAUUUCACCUGAUAAGCCCGACCGUAUGCUAUUCCGCGAUAACAGUGACACUAUUAGCCCAGAGUUCUAUGAUCUGAAUCAAGUGAAAACUAGUGCUAUGCCUCACACUCACUCAGAAAUGACUUUAACUUGGGUCGGAGAAGAUAUGUCAAAACAUAGUAUCCAUAUAUUGAAUGAAUUCAAUAAGGCCUCAAAAUAUCCCGAAACAUCAUCUCCUGUUGAAGCGAUACAUGUUAAAGUAACUAGUCAUAAGCAGACUAGUUCUCCUGAAUACUUGACACAGGUAACUUCUGAAGGGUUAUCAGACUACUGGGAAAAAUCCGCUGAUCAUCUUACACAACCUCAUGAUCACUUGUCACAUGAAGCGAAUGCGAAAUACAAAAGUGCCUCUGGGGUAGAAGACGAACCAAAAGGCACACAUGACAUAUCAGGCAAAAAGGCGACCGCGUCUGAUAGAUAUGAUGAGAAAUCUCCACAACCAAAGAAAACACUAGCAAGUGAUAAUCUCUCUGAGAAUUCUUUACAAGGUACAAUCGGUAGGGCAGAAAAGACUUCGUUAGCGACAGCAGCAGCAUAUGAGAAAUCAAAAGCACACGAAGCAUUCAAAGACUUACCAUACGAAACUAAACAUGAAAAAACUGCAGUUGGAUCUCUGAAUGAUCUUGAGAAUUCCUUUAGUGAAUUUUUAAAAUUGACGGAAGGGUUUGAUAAAAGUCACACUGUUUUACAAUCAGAUGACAUUCAAGGUUAUUCUAAGUACUUAGAUUAUCAGGCAGCUGAACAAAUUUCAAGGACAUACAGUAUCACAGACAGGAAAGAUGCCGGCAGGCUAUCACUUGAUAAGAACUAUUCCGUUGAAGAGUCAUCAAAACUGCAUACAAGUGAUCAAUUGAAAAAAGUAAGUAUGCUAGACUCCCUAUUCGAUGAUAGACGUGAAAUUAUGACUGAACACCUGGAAUACGAUAGAAAACAACUUACUGGUCGUAGACAAUUCGAAACUAUUGAACCUUUGAACAAUACUGUAGGCAUAUUUGAAUUUUUACCAACAAAUGCAUAUGAAUUGACACCAAAUGUAAUUGAUUCUUUAGCGUUUGAUAUUUCCAUGAUAGAAGGCAUACACCAAUCAACUGCUUUGCAAAUAAUCAAAGAUAUGAAAAAAUAUGAUGCAAAGGAUUUCAAUAAAAUUGAUACAACGAAAUUCUAUGAAUUACAACAGGAUGCAUAUAGUAGUAGUCAUAUGAAACAGAACGAGGACAUGCCUUCUCGCCUUCUUCUUCUCUCUGAUGAACAUGCCGAGGAAUGCUUCAGUGAUACUGACCUCUUAGACAAUAGACGAAAGCAGGCAAAGUCAACAAAGCCUAAACGACACACUCUACAGCAUCCUGGUGUGCAUAGGAAGCGACCGGAAAGACGAUUAAUCUACCCGCAUAAAAUUCCCCUACAUCUCGAUGUACAAACAAGAGCACAUUUACGACGGAAAAUUAAACAUUGCCGUAAAAAAAUCAUUGCGAAACAUUUAAAUCUUUAUAAAAGACAACAAAAGUUAUUACCAAAUCGUUUUGAUUGCCAGUAUUUUGCAUUGAAUAAUGAAAAGAAUAAAGAAUUAGUGAAAGAAAUUGAAGAAAUCCAGAAAGAAGUGGAUGAUUCAUCACAGAAAUUACGUGAAAACUAUAUUACUUCACCGUAUAAUCCUGAUUAUACGUCCAAAGAGGUAUCCAAAUCCGAUGGAUUAACACCGGAACGUUUAGCUUCACUGGGUUGUUUCAUCCUGCCGAAUUCAAUCAAUCAGUCAGUUAAUCCUCUAUGGUAUGAUGUCAUUAGUCGACAUCAGAUGAUGGAGCCUUAUCAAUCGAUAAAUCCAUUUAUAAAAUUUACCGGGGGACAAUAUUGUCAACCAUUGAGAAGUGAACAAAUUCAUGCAAACUUUUUAAGGAAUUCAACAAAUCUACAAGAGUUUUUCCCGUUUACUAAACCAAAAAGUUUGACGCAACUGAAUAAUAAAGAUGAGAAAUCACUUUCUCUAAGUGAAGAUAAAUCCCUGAGUAGUGGAUCGAUUCGUCGACGUCGACGUUGUAGUAGUACAAGUAGUGAUAGACGAAUGCUGAUCAAUACGAAUCAUCAUCAUCAAAUUGAUCAUGGUCAAUAUGGAGUAAGAUCAUUGAAUAAUUGUGCUUUACUUUCAUCUAAGGAUUAUUUAAGAUCACUGCUGUCGUUUAAGAAGGCUACUCAAAGAAAGCUGAAUAAUCCUCGACGACAUACAAUCACUACUACUUCUGCUACAAAACAUUUACAUGUUCUUCGACCUAAUGUGGAGUUCAAUUCCUUAGAAAAUCUCUACACCCUGAAGGCAAAAAUAUAUUCACUGAUAGAUUAUGAAGAAAGCGUACAGCCAUGUAGCGUGGACGCGGUAACAUUCACAGAGGAGAGACAACAGAUUAACCCAGUAUUAGAGAAGUGUGUAAAACUAAUGAGAAGUGAAGAAUCCUCACAGUUGAAAUUAUUAACUUUCAGAGUUAUCAGUAAAUAAUGAUAGAGGGAAUGAGAAUUUAAACGACAGUGUAACUUUAUACAACAAUUCUAUUAC